UCUUGUCCAUUGCAAUGUUUGAAUUUAAUUCAAUUUCUGGAGGUUAAAUUAAUACACAUAUUUCUACCACUCACAGACAUUUAGGCCACCAUUGCUAAACACAUUUUUGUAGGUAAAAGGAAUCUAUAUAUUUAUACCACUCACAGCCACCACCAUCGCUAAAAAUGUUUUGUUUCUCUCCACAAUUCAAGAAUAAUGCAAUCCUUGGUUAGACAACUGUUAACUUGGUUGAAAAACUGUUAAAAUCAGUACUACCCCGAGGGUACCUGAACAACAAUGGGACAUAUCUGAAGAGACACUUUAUGACAGAGAUGUGAGGAAAUGAACAUUCUGAUCCAAUGAGAGAUAAACAUGUUUGACAUGUGAAUAAAUUAGGCAUACAUAUAAGUGAUAGGCUAUGCCACUAUGAUUGAUAGAUAUGUCAAUUAUAGUGAUAACCCACUGGGCACAGACAUUAAUUCAACAUAUAUUCCACGUUGGUUAAACGUGAUUUAAUUGAAAUGAAGUGAAAACAAUGUGGAUUCAACCAGUGUGUGCCCAGUGGUUCAAUUCAAGAGUUGACAAUAAAAAUGUCUUAAAACGUUAUGGGUCUAUUUAAAUUAAAAUAUGAGAUAAGCAGACUGAGCACAACACCCUAACCAUUAAACUUCAUUACCACAUUUAAUCAAAUGUAGUCUUUUAAAGGUGAAGAAUGGAUCAAACUUAUCAAUCAAAUAUGGGAACUCACAGUGGCACUGGCAAUGAUAUUAUAAAUAACUAGCUAUUAAGUGUGCACUCUGCAAAUAGCUAGUUUAAUCUUUUAAAAUCUAAAUGGUGAUCGUUUUAUGGAUAUUCGAUAAAGAGGAAUAAAUUGCACCAAAAUAAAUCAACCAUUCAUUAAAUUGUUUCUGUCAAAUACUUUUUAGCAUAUUUCUGUCAAAACUAUUUUGCUUGUACAAAUUACUAUUUAGUUCAAAAUGUGUGUAUAAUGGAAAUAAUGAAUGGACGCUUCCAGGGGCGCGGCCUCACUGCCAAGAUAUCUGAAUGGAAGACUGAUUGGCUUCGACCUUGACCCACACCCACAUACAUUCACCUAUAAACAGCACACCAAGAAACUUUCGAACUUCUGGAAGGGUGGUUUCGGAGUUUUCGAUCUUUAGGAAACUGUGUGACAAUUUGUUUGGACGUUUCUUGUUCACAUAGGCCUAUUAACGUUAGUGAAAAAUAUGGCAGACUGGAAGGUACCAGUGAGCUUCAACCCAUCCUACCACGCUUUUGCCUAUGGUCUCGUGUACCAACCAGGGGCUGAACAAAAUCAUCCUAACUUCUCCAGCUGGACAGAGGCCACAUACAACCCUGGGGUCAGCGCCAGCUACUACUCGCAAGCGCCGCCACAGCAUCAAUCACUAUCCUGGAGUCCCGAACAAAACAAUGCUGGCACGAGCAAUGGCCAAUACCCGGGUUCUGUGGUAUGUCUUGGUGACCCUCACUGCCAUACCCAGAGUGGCCGCCUAUUCAUUUCCAACAACCGGGCUCCGCAUGAUCCGCAAACGGAGACCGAGCGGCCAAGUAGCGACACUCAGAGCGACUCAGAGACCCACACCUCACCAGAUUCUUUGAGUUCGUCGAACGACCGAGAAGAGUACAAUCCUCAAGCCAACCAUACCACCUGGGUGAGAAGCGAGUUGGAGACAGCCAGUGGAAGCCCAAAUAGCAGUGAGAAUGUCUCCAGUUCUCAUCCAGAGGAGUUUAAAAGUCUACAAGUUAUGGGGAGUGAGGACUGCACCCUGCAGUCAUUGCCCCCUUCUUCCCCAGAGAAAGUGGACAAGAAUAUCCCCAAACAAAAAGCUCGAAUUACUUUCUCAACAGGCCAAAUGGAUGCCCUUACUCAUAGGUUUAACAUGCAGAAGUACCUCACCCCUGCUGAGAUGAAGACCCUGGCUGGACUGACUGGGCUUACUUACAAACAGGUAAAAACAUGGUUCCAGAAUCGCAGGAUGAAACUGAAGAGGCACCAAAAAGACGAUAGCUGGGCAUCACUUGGGUACCCCAACCCUGGCUACCCCAACAUGCCACAGCGCCCUCAGUUUCAGGGCGAAUCCCAAGCACAGAUCCAGGACCACACCAUUGCUCAACAGUUUCGAGAGACCAUGUUAAGGAAGCGUUCUCAACAGAACCUGCCUUACUAUGCUGUUGGGUAUCCUCAGCCAUCCUCUCCCCCCCAGCCCCCUGCAAGGCCCCCGGGCAUCUGGCCCCUGCCCCCAGCUGUGACCCACCAUGAGUACCCCAAUGGUUAUAGCACGGUCAGUGCAAACCACCAUACUAGCAUCAACAGUGAUGACUGGAAAGUCAUGAGCCCCAUGCACAAGUCUAGCCAAUAACCAACAGAGGUAACAUGUUAGUGGUCAUGGUGGUAAAUUCACUGGUUUGUCUACUUAUUACUUUUUUUUUUUUUUUUUGAAUAUUAUUACAAUUAAGAUUACGACAGGCAAUUCUCUAUUUCGUGAUGAGGUGUUGGCUAAUCUUAUCAAGCCAUUCGCUGGCCCCACUUGAAAAUAGUAUCCCCUCAUCUUUUAAAAAUCUGGAGUUUGAUGUUUUAUACCUUCCAAAGUUCUUAUCUGUGUAUUUAAUAUCGUUGCUUUUUUGACAUUCUGCUUUUUGAUACUACUCUGACGAAGCUUUGCUGUGUCUAUGCUGGAAGUGGCAUGCUUUUAUUCCCUCACCAGCCUAUUUGAUGACGUGAUCUGUGCAAGGCACUACUAGAUGUUACACGUUCCUACUGAAUGUUUGUUGGUCCAUGCCGCACCAGAUUUGUAUCCUAUUGGAUGCUCUUUUAACAUUACUGCCAUGUUUUAUGACCUCGUUGUACAGUGUGUGGUGAUGCCUUCCCCUCCAUGUCAGGGUUUUGUUUAGUAGGCCCAAAAUGUGGAAAWUGCAUUGACAUGUACAAUAAGUGGAUGUCUUGGCUUAUUUCAAAUACUACCUCCCAGUUUCAAUUUUUUUCCACUUUGUGCCUACAGAACACUGCCAAUGUCUUCAAGUUUUUAUUUAUUUUUGAAUAAAUACUAGCUUAUACCCUAUUGUUGCAUAGUCAACCUAUAAUGAAAUUGUGGAAUUUACUUAUCUUGGGUGAUGUACUCCUGACAUUUUGGGCAAAUGGUUUAUUGGUAUAUUUUAACUUUGAUUUGUUUUUUCUUUUCUUUGAAGGCAUACUUGUAAGAUGAACCCAGCAACCUACCUGGUGUAAAUAUGUACAUGACUGCUUUGACACUGGUUUAUGGUAAUAAAUGUAGUCUGUUACAAUGCUUUCAUGGGGAAAGAAUGACUUGGUGCACAAAUAAACCAUGUCUUAACAGGGCAAA